GGCGUGAGUGUUUUUCGGCUAUUUUGUUUGCUAAUCGGCGCUCGUUGGGGUUCACAAAAAAUCAGGUACAAAACCGACGAGACCUGGUUGCAACGAAAUGAGAAAAGUGGUCGCUCACUUUCCCACAAUCGUGGAAUUGGCUGGAGAAUUGUGGGGACUUUUCAACAGAACCUUUUCAAUCUUUCAUUUUAUUGCACGUAAAACAGUGCAUAGGACUAGUCCAAGUCAAUUUUAAAAGCUGCUUAAAACCAUGGAAUUGAUUUCGUAUGACAGACUCUCCAGUGGUGUGGUUAACAAUUUAUGGCUCAUGCAAGAGGCAUGAGUCAGUGAAUGUGGAAAGUUAUCAAGUGUACCUGGAUCAUGUCGAUACCUUUGAACCCCAUGGAGAAAGCUAACAUUGGAGUGUCGUGGGGCACUUUGGUAUUAUGACGUGAGCUACAUUCCUUCGGGCAAGAAUUGCCAGCUUCGGACCAAGAUCGACGUGAUAACUCUUUGAAUCGCAAAAGCAGUUCGUUCUGGUCAUGUCAGCAAUCCAAAAAUGACUUCGUCAAAAGAAUUGUUCGCAUUGGAUGCUCCCCAUGGGCAGGGAGGCGUUUUCUUCGCGUGGCAGAGAGCCAGUGGUGGAUUCUUGGCCACCACGGGUUAUGACCAAGUGGUCCACAUCUAUAAUCGCCAUGCCGAGGCCGUGGAAUUCAUCAAACUUCCAGGCAUGUGCUGUUGUUUUGGAUGGGACAAGGAUGGCGACCUCCUGGCUGUCAUUACCGAUAAAUCCUCUAACCUUCUGAUUUGGGACGCCAAUUCGUUUCGCAGUCAAUGGAUCGAUACAAACAUUCGAGAUCCCUUGAACGUUUUGGUCUGGGGCAAAUCCUCCCCGAUUUUGGCCAUCGGUUCAUAUCGUGGGAAUCUGAUGAUUUACAAUCACAAGACCUCAAGACGAGUCCCCAUCAUCGGAAAGCAUACCAAAGCCAUCACUUGUGGUGCCUGGAGUGAGGGUGGCUUAUUAGCCUUGGGCUCCGAAGACCGGUCUUUGAGUAUCAGCAAUACAGAAGGGGAUACACUGCGGGUGGCAACGCUACGUGCUGAACCUCAAGAUAUCCAGUUUUCCGAAAUGAAGCAAGAUGAACGGACUGCAGGCGAGAAUACCGUGAGCUUGAUUGUGGGAGGAAAAACUCUCUACCUUUUCAAUUUGUAUGAUCCUGAGAACCCCAUUGAGCUGGCAUUUCAACCCAAAUAUGGCGACAUCGUUGCGUACAAGUGGUUUGGAGACGGUUACAUUCUCAUUGGCUUCUCUAAAGGCUUCUUCGUGGUCAUUUCAACUCACAUGAAGGAGAUUGGUCAGGAACUGUUCCAAGUCAAAAACCACAAGGACAAUUUGAGUGGAAUUGCCAUUUCAACAUCAUUGGGCAAGGCUGCUUCAUGUGGCGAGAACACCAUCAAAAUUCACGAACUUCACGACUUGAAGGACACUUCGAAUGUGAUAACAUUGGACGAGGAGCGUAGUUUGGAACAUAUGGAAUGGAGUGAAGAUGGGCAACUUCUUGCAGUUUCUACAUCAAAAGGGAAUGUUCACGUAUUCCUCAGCAAAUUGCCGUUGAUCGGAAGCGCCUUGCAGUCACGGGUAGCAUAUCUCACGAGCUUGUUAGAGGUCACCAUUACUAGUGUUCUAGAACAAGGUCAGACCUUGACCAUCAGUGCCGAGAUCGAGCCCACAUUCGUGGCAUUAGGGCCUUUUCAUUUGGCUUUGGGAAUGAACAACAGAGUUUGGUUCUAUGCCUUGGGGGACCUGACUGUGGAAUUUAUUCGCGACAAGGAAUAUUUGGGAACCGUCAAGGAUAUUCAUUUGAACGCGGAUUACUGUUCAGUUCUCUUUGACGGAAAGGUUCAACUUCAUAUCUUGGAAGGGGAAGGUCACGAUGGGGAUUUGUCAGAAGAAAGAGAAUCAAAAUUGUUCCCCGAACAGGGCAAGAACUAUGUUGUCAGUUGCCAUUCAUUGACCCAAGAUUUCCUCAUCAUUGGAACCGACAUGGGCGGAAUUUCGUACUUCUUCUUGGAAGAUUGGACGACCAUUCACGAUUUCCGUCACAACACGGGCAUUCGUGAGAUUCAUCCUGAGCCCAACGGGACCAAGGUCGUCUUCAUUGAUGUAAAGGGCCAUGGUCAUGUCUAUAAUCCCGUGAAUGACGACUUCGCCAUUGUCCGGGAGUUCCCUGACAAGAUACAAAAGGUCCUUUGGGACAAUUCCCUCACCGAUAAAGAUGUGUUCUUGGCUUUUGACGGAGAUCACGUUCACACAUUCUUAGUCAAUCCGGAUGAUUCCGAGGGAAUAUCGUGUCGGAACUUGGGCAAGACCAAGAUUCCCCCUGGUCAGUUUCCAAUCCUUCUUUUCUCUGGAGAACUCUCUCUUCAAACCCAGAGUGGAAAGCUAGUUAAACAAGUUCUUAGUACCCACGAGAUCUCACCCAACAUAUCAGAGUAUAGCAACACCGAGCUUCGGACCAUUUUGGACAAGAACAUGGCAUUGGGUCGAUUCCGCAAUGCAUGGGCCAUUUGCCAGAUCCUGGAUAAGGAAGAGUCUUGGCGUAAAUUGGGCUUUGAAGCUAUGAAGAGACACGAAAUCGAAUUUGCUAUGAGAGUCUUCAGACACAUUGGUGACGUGGGAACCGUGUGGACAUUAGAGGAGCUCAAAUACGUCGAGGAUAAGAAGCUCCUGUCUGGUCAUGUGACCAUGAUCCAAGGGGAUUAUGAUGCAGCUCAAACGCUCUACCUUCAAUCCGGAUCCCCUGUCGAGGCUCUCCACAUGAGGCGAGAUUUGCUUCACUGGGACCAAGCUUUGCAUUUGGCCAUCAAGUUGGCGCCACAUGAAAUGCCCUACAUCUCAAAAGAAUACGCCCAACAGCUCGAAUUUACUGGAGAUUACACGGGAUCGUUGGUUCAUUAUGACAAAGGCGUUUUGCCAAAGCCCUCUAACACAGAUGAGGAGGAGCACAAUGCAUUCUGUAAAGGCGGAAUUGCUCGCAUGUCUAUCCGAUGUGGGGAUGUGCGGAGAGGUAUGGAGAUUUGCCACCACCUGAAGCAUCGCACUCUUAUGAAGGAAUGUGCGGAAAUCCUCGAGUCCAUGAAACAAUAUUCGGAUGCGGCACAACUUUACGAGCAAGGCCACUAUUACGACAAGGCCGCUUAUCUGUAUAUUAAACUAAAAAAUUGGGUCAAGAUUGGAGAGCUUUUGCCCAACAUCUCAUCGCCAAAGAUUCAGUUGCAAUAUGCCAAGGCCAAAGAAAGCGAGGGUAAGCACAAAGAGGCGGUCCAAGCCUACUUAGCAGCCCGGGAUUACGACAGUGCUGUGAGGAUCUAUCUCGAUCAUCUCAAAGAUCCCGAGAGUGCUGUGAAGAUCGUUAAGGAGACCAGGAGUACCGAAGGGGCUAAACUCGUGGCCAGGUUCUUUUUAAAACUGGGCGAUUACAACUCGGCUAUUCAGUUCCUUGUGAUCAGCAAAUGCGUGGACGAGGCUUUCCAGCUGGCUCAACAGCACGGCAAGAUGAACUUAUUUGCCGAAAUCAUUGGCGAUGAAGCAACUCCCGAGGAUUAUAAUAGCAUGGCGUUACAUUUCGAUUCCGAAAAGAAUGGUCUUCAGGCGGGAAGGUUCUAUUACAAGGCCGGACAUUUCUCGAAGUCGCUCAGACAUCUUUUAAAAGUGGCAUCGGCCAAUGCGGAAUCUGACGGUGAGGCACUCAAUCUCGCCAUUGAGGUGGUUGGCAAAUCCGGCGACAAUCACUUAUCCCGUCAACUCAUUGACUUUUUGAUGGGUGAAACGGAUGGCAUUCCAAAGGAUGCCAAGUUCUUGUUCCGAUUGUACAUGGCCAAGAAACAGUACAAGGAGGCUGCGAAAACGGCCAUUAUCAUAGCGAGAGAAGAACAAUCCUUGGGCAACUACCGCAACGCCCAUGAUGUCUUAUUUAACAUGUACCAGGAGCUGCUGACUAACAAUAUCCCAGUUCCAGCCGAUAUGAAAACGAACCUCAUGAUUUUGCACUCUUACACGCUCGCCCGCAUUCACAUCAAGCAAGGCGAUCAUCUCAAAGGGGCCAGAAUGCUCCUUCGAGUGGCCAAGAAUAUUUCGAAAUUCCCCACGCACACUGUACCUAUUUUGACCUCAACCGUGAUUGAAUGUCAUCGCUCUGGACUGUUCCAAUCAGCCUUCAACUACGCUACCAUCCUCAUGCGACCGGAACACCGAAAUGACAUUGACGAAAAGUAUCGCAAGAAAUUUGAAGGAAUCAUCCGGAAGCGCCCCAAGAAGGACGGAGGGGACGGGGUAGAAGAACCACCCAAAAACACGCCCUGUCUCUUUUGCUCGAACCCUGUACCAGAAUCCGAUCUGUAUUGUCCUCAAUGCAAGAAUAACUUACCCUAUUGUGUGGCCACAGGUUACCACGUGACCGCCACCGAUCUAACUACGUGCCAUCAUUGCAGUUUUCCCGCUUUCCGCUCCGAGCUCGUAAAACGGGCCCAAAACAGUGAGCCCUGCCCCAUGUGCGGCAAUGCUUUGGAAGAGAACAGCCUCAAGGUCAUGAACCCUAGUCAACUUAAGAAGGCAAAAGAAGAGCUCGAGGACAGCGGCAACGACAGUCAGACCAACGGUGACUCUCUCAACGGGUUGGACCGAGAAGAAGGACAUCUAUCGACUUCAAGUUCGGGAGGGUCCAACAGUAGCUCGCGUCCAAGCUCUUACCGUCCAUAGUCCUGUCGUCACGUAAUGGGAAAUUGUUGACUCUCAACCUGUUCAAC